GGAUGUCAGAGCAGGGCGGCGACGGCGGAGCCAGGCCGGGAGUGCGGAGCCGGCGGAGCCCAGGCUGCGUGGUUUAAGCCCCCUGCCUUUUGAUCCUGCCAGCAACAGCAAACUCCUGCAGCUGGGCAGCACCCUGGACCCGCAGGCAUCGGAGAGCCCAGCUGAGGAUGGAAGUGACCUGGGCAAGAAGAGGAAGAGAGCAAAGGUUCCUGCAGAUGGUGCCAGAAAUCUAAGCCUGGACUCCAUUCCGAUGGGCUUGCCAAUGUCAGACCCAACUGCCUGGGCCACUGCCAUGAACAACCUGGGGAUGGCUCCCAUGGGGAUGACAGGACAGCCCCUCCUGCCUGACUUUGAUCCUGCUCUUGGGGUGAUGACUGGAAUCCCUCCCAUCAACCCUAUGAUGCCAGGUUUGGGCAUAGUCCCACCUCCCAUCCCUCCAGACAUGCCUGCUGUGAAGGAGAUCAUUCACUGCAAGAGCUGCACCCUCUUCCCACCCAACCCACAUCUGCCCCCUCCAGCCACAAGAGAGAGGCCCCCAGGGUGCAAGACAGUGUUUGUGGGGGGCCUGCCAGAGAAUGGGACGGAGCAGAUCAUCAUGGAGGUGUUUGAGCAGUGUGGGGAGGUCAUCGCCAUCCGCAAGAGCAAGAAGAACUUCUGCCACAUCCGCUUUGCCGAGGAGUUCAUGGUGGACAAGGCUCUUUACCUCUCUGGCUACCGCAUCAGGCUGGGCUCCAGCACGGACAAGAAGGACACAGGCCGGCUGCACGUGGACUUCGCCCAGGCCCGCGACGACCUCUACGAGUGGGAGUGCAAGCAGCGGAUGCUGGCGCGGGAGGAGCGGCACCGCCGGCGCCUGGAGGAGGAGCGCUUCCGACCGCCCUCCCCGCCCCCCGUCGUCCACUACUCCGACCACGAGUGCAGCAUCGUCGCCGACAAGCUGAAAGAUGACACCAAGUUCCUGGAAGCCAUCCAGACCUUGCUCACCUGGAUAGAGCGUGGAGAGGUGAACAGGAGGACUGCCAACAACUUCUACUCCAUGAUCCAGUCAGCCAACAGCCACAUCCGCAGGCUGGUGAACGAGAAGGCAGCUCACGAGAAGGAGAUGGAGGAGGCCAAGGAGAAGUUCAAACUUGCUCUCUCAGGGAUUCUGGUGCAGUUCGAGCAGAUAGUGGCCGUGUACCAUUCUGCCUCCAAACAAAAGGCUUGGGACCAUUUCACGAAAGCUCAGCGUAAGAACAUCAGCGUGUGGUGCAAACAAGCAGAGGAGAUCCGGAACAUCCAUAACGAUGAGCUGAUGGGCAUUCGGAGGGAGGAGGAGAUGGAAAUGUCUGAUGAAGAAAUAGAAGAUCCACCAGAGAUGAAAGAAACAGAAGAAUCAGCACUGGUGUCACAAGUGGAAGCCCUGAAGGAGGAGAACGACAGCCUGCGCUGGCAGCUGGACGCCUACCGCAACGAGGUGGAGCUGCUCAAGCAGGAGCAGGGCAAAGCGAGCAGGGAUGAGGACACAACCAAGGAGCAGCAGAUGAAGCUUCUCCAGCAGGCUCUGCAGGGCAUGCAGAAGCAUCUUCUGAAAUUACAAGAGGAGUACAAAAAGAGAGAAGCUGAGCUGGAAAAAGUGAAAGAAGACAAACUGAAAGUAGAGUCAUUACUGGAGAACCUGAAGGAGCAGCAAAGCAUGGCAGAUGAAGAGGACAAGGAGAGGGAUGCAGCUGAUGGCCAAGGGAAUGAGAGCAGCACCUCCAGAGUCUGUGCCUGCAGCCAGGAGAAGGAGUGUCCAGCUGAGAAGACACUGAGCAAUGGUCUUGUGAAGUCUGAACGAGAAGUUCUCUUAGUAGGUGAUGGUCAGCCUGUGAUGGAGAGUCCUGGCCUUGAGCUGGAGUCUCUCUUGAGUUGCUCCAUUCGAGUGCUGAAGAAUCACUGGGGAAUCAUCUCAACGUUCCUUCACGUGCACCCCUUUGGAGCCAGCAUAGAGUACAUCUGCUCCUACCUGCAGCGCCUGGACAGCAAAAUCUGCACCGCAGAGGUGGAAGUUCUCAUGACCCGCCUGCAGAACACCUUCAGGCAGGAGCUGAGUGGGGUUGGGGCCAGCCUGGAGAAAAGGUGGAAGUUUUGUGGCUUUGAUGGCUUGAAAAUGACUUGAGCUUGGACUUAACUCUGCAAACAACAACAUGAUCUGUACACCAGGAGGGCCUGGGCCACCUCUUACCUCUGCUCACGGUGACUGUCUUGCACGCAUCACGGCCUCAGGUGGGAUAAUGUGGAAGUGAAACCAAGUCCAGAGCAGCACUGGAAGAAGCCUCAUGUUCUGCAGCUUCUCUGAUGGGUUCCUUCUGAGGGGACAGGUUCUGCUCAAUAGAUUUGUGUCAGAGAAGUCCAUGUCUGAUGUUUUGAAGCACCAUGUGUUGACUCUGUCUUGCCAGUGUUGUAUGUGGUUUGUGUGCCCAACUCUCUCAUCCCUCUACCACCUUCUUACUGGUGGGACCAGCCAUGGACUAUCCUGAAGCCACAGCAGAGGGACCAUUUCUGGUUUCUGGAACCACCAAAAAGGGGAAGGGGUGGGGAAAAGGCUUUUUUUUUAGGUGUUUCUACUAUUAAACCCAGAAGCUUUGGAUGGCUCUGGGUUCUCUGGGUCCAGUUGUCGGUUCUUCUUCAUGCUAUUUUCUCUAGGAGUGGUCUCACAGCUAAGCUGAGAUGAAGGCAGCAUCUCUGAGCUGAGUGAGCUUCCAGCUGCUGGGCUGCCCAUGGCAGAGGCACUCUGCACCCCGUUUCUGAGAUGGGAAAGGGGUUUAAUGUUGAUUUGGGUGGAGCAGAGCCCCUACAGCAGACCUCUUUAAGCAAUGGCUUGACACCAGCUUUCUCCUCCCACUUGACUUUGGAGGCCAAGCUGCAAACAGCACACACUUCUCUUCUGAACCUUUGUUUCUCGUGGUCUCGGUAUGUGCCAGGCUCCUCUUGAACCUUCUCCAGGAGGUUAGUGAGAUGGAAAGUAAAAUACCUCAACCCAUUGAUGCAGCCUUGUCACAUCCCUCUGUAGAACCUCUCUACCCUCCAGCAGCUCAGCACUCCCACCCAACCUGUGCUCCUCUUCAACCUGCCUCAAUCCUCUUAUCCAGAGCAUGGAUGAAGAUGCUGAACAGAACUGGCUGCAGUACUGAGCCCCAGUGAGCUGCCACCAACUGGAUCCUCAAGCUCUGUGCAGUCACAGCUGCCUGGUGUACAGGGCUGUCCCAUCAGGAGAGUUUGGAGCCAUCCCUUAGAGCUCAGCAGUUGCCAGGCCAGCAGCUUUCCAUGAUGGCAGCUAGGUGAUGGUUUGCUGUCUGCACAGCAGCUCUUGGUGCCCUUCAGUUGAGUCGUUGAUCCCAGCACCUUUUUAUUUUGAGGAGAGAAGCCCUAACUCUUCCAUAAGAAUUCCUGUGUUCUCCAGUGCUUCCAUGGUCUCUAACCCAUCAAAACCCUUCUCUCUCUGCUGCCAUUUGGAUCUCCAUCUCAUGCUCUCACUGGGAUGGGUGCUGAGUGCAUGGUGGAGCAGAUGGAAGGACCUCACUAACAUUCUAAUCCCUCAGAUAUUGUCCCCAGCAAGCCUGGGUUUGUCCUCUCCCCUUUUCAGAUCUAGUUUGAAGCUCUUUCCAUGAGCCUGGCCAGCUCCUCUGAGGAUCCUUUUCUCCCCUUUGAGGCAGGUGUCAUGGUGACCACCCCAUGACCAAUUCUCCUGGUGAUGCCAGGCUCAGAGCUGAGUGUUGAUCUGAUUACCCUUCCUGCUGCUGCCCUCAUCAUGAAGAGAGAGAGGCCACCACUUGUGCUCUGAUCCCUUCAUUAGUUGUCCCAAGGCCCUGAAGGUCUCUGUUGAUUGUCUUCAUUUGACUGCUCCUGUUGCAAUUUCAUUGCUGUCUGCCUGGGAAAGCAGUACUGGGACCUUCUUGGUGAACCAUCACCCUCCUUGCUCAGUUUCAUGUGCAGAGCUUGGUACUUGUAACACAAGAGCACCUAAGAGGGUGGGGUGACUAUGGAGGAGGUGGACCUCCUGCACUGGGCAGGACAUUGUCACCUUCCCUUUGGUCCCUAAACUCUCCUGGGUGUAGAGAGGACAGGGUAGCUAUGCUACCUUGGAGAGCAGGAGAGAAGCUUCAUCCAGACAGGCUUGUUUAGCCUGGAGACCAGCUGUGGUGAGAGCUCAUGGGGGUGAGCACAGGCAGGUCUUGCACUCUGUAUCUGGAGAGCAGCUGGAGGAGCCUCACAGGUGGAGGCUGACACAGCAGAAGGACUUGUUGGCCCAAUUCUGUGGGACCCGUGGCUGGAGUUGCUCCUUGAAGCUGUGGCUGGGACUCUUGAGCAGCUCCAUGAAGGAGCAGAGAGGUUCUGUGGGGUGGCAGAAGGAGCAGUCCCUCUGCUGGAAGGCCCAGGAAGGGCCAGAGGAGUCCUGGGUCCUGCUGCUUGCCUUCUCCAGCAUUUCUCUGCAGAGACUCUUCCAGGGGGCUGAUGUUUCCCUGAAACCCCAUCUGCUGUUUGCCACCAGGAGAGAUCUGUUCUGCAGAUGGACAGUGAGAAGGCUGUGGAGAUGCUGGUGCAGGUGCACAGAGCCACCUCCUGUCCUCACUCUUGUCACUGAAGGUUGCUGGAGUGGGUGACAGAGGUCCCAAGGAGCUGUGACAGUGCAGGAGAACAUUUGGUUUGUAAGGAAUAAAGUUUUUAAAGGUCAAA